AUGUGGGCGUGCACAAAAGUCGUUAUCAGCAGUCAAUCAGAUAAGAUAAUCCAUUAUCUUGGUACUAUCAAUUCGAAUUUUCUCGGUUACUUCGCGAAAAUUGUUCCUGUGGGAUCCGAGAACGAUGACUACUAUGGACGAGAACAAGUUGAGCUGUCCGCCAAAUGUCAGACCUUCCCCGCUAGCCAAGAGGCCAAGAGAAAGGGAAGAAAGAAAGGGAAAACGAUAGAGGACAGGAGGACAGGCACAGCUGACAUCAAGUUGGACGUUAUCGAUGCCACCUCUGCUCUAUCCAUGACUGGAAAAUCAUAUCGUAUUUUCGUGGCUUGGCCUGAGAACGUGGUUCCAACUGACCUGUGGCAGACAAAGAUGGUUUAUCUUCUGGAUGCCAAUGCGUACUUUCGGAUGGCAGUGGAGACAGUGAUGCACAGUCGGCUCUACGGCAUUAUCAUAGGCGUUGGAUAUCCUGAACCAGCGCGUUUCCUGGCGUUCAUACAGACACAAGCUGCAUCUGCCGUCGAUGAUCUGUUGCAGAAGCAAUGCCCACAUCAUAUAAGCAAACUUCCAAGAGGUUUUGUGGGCCAUUCCUACGGUGGACUGCUUUAUUCGACACCUUCUGCCCGAUCAGUCCAUCGAUAUGGUGGAAUGACCGGCAUCAUGCAAGAAGUAGAAGAGUGUUGUGCGAGGGAGAUUGAGCCUCUGUACAAGCUGAGAAUGCUUUUCUCAUAUGGGGAGUACGAACAAUCACCUCCACAUGUCACUGACCAACAUGUGGAUGAUCGCAAUCAGAGGCAUGCGCGUCGACGGGCAAUGAAGGAAAAUGUGAUGGAGGUGUACAAGCGGUUCCAGGAGAAGGACGGAUUGUUUUCCUAG